UCACUGUCGGACUUUGAGCUGACAAAGUUGUGUCUGUUUGCAGUACACAGUGAGGAUGUGGGCUCUACCAGGCUGUACUUUGUGAACGCCUCUCUGCAGAGGGUCACCUACUCCAGCUCCGUGGGGGUGUCCCUGCCCUGUCCUGCGGGGGGCACCCCCAGUGCCAUACUGCGCUGGUACCUGGCCACCGGCGACGACAUCUACGACGUGCCACACAUCCGCCACGUGCACGCCAAUGGCACCCUCCAGCUGUACCCCUUCUCGCCCUCGGCCUACAACAGCUACAUCCACGACAACGACUACUUCUGCACGGCCGAGAACCAGGCCGGCAAGAUCCGCAGCCCCAACAUCCGCAUCAAAGCUGUUUUCAGGGAGCCCUACACUGUGCGGGUGGCGGACCAGCGCUCAAUGCGGGGCAACGUAGCAGUGUUCAAGUGCCUCAUUCCUGCUGCUGUCCAGGAGUACGUKAGCGUCGUGUCCUGGGAAAGAGACACCGUUUCCAUCGUUCCAGGUAACCGGUUCUCCCUGACCUCCUUUGGGGCUCUUUACAUCUCUGAUGUCCAGAAGGAGGACGCCCUGUCCACGUACCGCUGCAUCACCAAGCAUAAGUACAGCGGUGAGACACGACAAAGCAACGGGGCCAGGCUGUCAGUCAUGGACCCCAGUGAGUCCUCGCCCGCCAUCUUGGACAGUUUCCAAGCAGGAGAGGUGUAUGCAGGCCAGAGCAUUGAGCUCCCCUGCGCAGCGGGCGGAUACCCCAGCCCCACCGUGCGCUGGCUGAAAGACGGCCGGCCGCUGCCCUCGGACGCUCGCUGGACACGGCGCCUGACGGGACUGACCAUCAGCGACCUYAGGCAGGAGGACAGCGGCAGCUACGCCUGUGAGGUCACCAACAGCUUCGGCUCAAAGGAAGUGUCUGGACAGCUUCACGUUAUAGAUCCACUGCGGGUGACCUUGUCUCCUAAGAAUCUGAAAACAGGCAUCAGCAGCACACUGUUCUUCACCUGCACUGUGGAGGGCUCUCCUGAAUACACCAUCACCUGGUACAGGAACACAGAGCCUAUUGCCGCUAAUCAGCACAUCUCCAUUCAGGGGCAACACAACGACACCCUGCAGAUCACAGCGGCGCAAAAGUUCCACUCUGGGGCCUACCAGUGCUUUGCUUCCCGGAAGGGCCACACUGCUCAGGACUUUUCCAUUAUUUUGUUAGAGGAUGGUACUCCUCGUAUUGUGUCUUCCUUCAGCGAGCGGGUGGUGAACCCCGGCGAACCUUUCUCCCUAAUGUGUGCUGCAAAAGGAGCUCCGCCCCCUUCCAUCACCUGGACYCUGGACGACGAGGAAGUCGUACGAGACUCCACCUACAAGACCAGCCAGUACACCCUGUCGGACGGCCUCACCGUGUCUCACGUCAACGUCAGCAGUCCGCUCAUUCGAGAUGGGGGAGUGUAUCGUUGCGUCGCACGCAACUCGGCCGGUAGCGCCGAGUACCAAGCGCGCAUAAACGUAAGAGGUCCACCUCGAAUUAGACCCAUGCGAGACAUCACAGCAGUGGCGGGCAGAAACACGUAUAUAACAUGCCGUGUGAUCGGGUACCCCUAUUACUCCAUCAAGUGGCUGAAGGACGGCAUGCAGCUGCCUGAUAAUCAUCGACAAGUGGUGUUUGAGAACGGCACCCUGAGGCUGACGGACGUGCAGAAGGGCGCCGACGAGGGGACCUACUUGUGUAGCGUUUUAAUCCAACCCCAGGUGUCAAUAAACCAGACUGUUCAUGUCACCGUCAAAGUGCCGCCGCUCAUCCAGCCCUUCGACAUCCCCUCUACCUCAGUGGGGAAGCUCAUGUACAUCGCCUGCGUGGUGUCGUCCGGCGACAUGCCCAUACGCAUCACCUGGCACAAAGACGGCCAGCUCAUCGUGCCAGGCUCGGCCUCUGGCGUCGCGAUCGAGACCAAAGAGUUCAUGAGCUCCCUGCAGAUCUCCAAGGUGACGCUGAAGCACAACGGAAACUACACCUGCCUCGCCAGAAACGCCGCUGCCAGCGUCAGCUGGGAGAGACAGCUGAUUGUCACUGUGCCGCCACGCUUUGUGGUGCAGCCCAACAACCAGGACUGCAUAUACGGGAAAGCUGGAGUUCUGAACUGCUCAGUGGAGGGUUACCCACCUCCAAAGGUCAUGUGGAAACAUGCCAAAGGUGUUGGAAACCCACAGCAAUACCAUCCAGUCCCGCUUACAGGCCGCAUCCAGAUCAUGUCAAAUGGCUCUCUGCUGAUCCGGCAUGUCCUCGAGGACGACCGAGGGUACUACCUCUGUCAGGCCUCCAAUGGCGUGGGCUCAGACAUCAGUAAAAGCAUGAUCCUCACUGUCAAGAUUCCUGCCAUGAUCACCAGUCACCCCAACACCACCAUGGCCAGGAAGGGCCAGACCAAGGAGCUGAACUGCACAGCGCGAGGCGAGCAGCCCAUUAUCAUCCGCUGGGAGAGAGGAGACACAGUCAUCGAUGCGGAGAGGAACCCCCGGUACUCCAUCACAAUCAACAAGAAGGGGGAUGAAGUCAUCUCCACCCUGAAGCUGAACCCAGCCGAGCGAGGAGACUCAGUCUUCUUCUCCUGUCACGCCAUCAACUCCUAUGGAGAYGGUCGAGGUCUCAUCCAACUCACAGUGCAAGAACCUCCAGAUCCCCCUGAGCUGGAAGUGAGGGAGGUGAAGGACAGGAGCAUGAACCUGCGCUGGAUCCAAAGGUUUGAUGGCAACAGCAUCAUUACCAGUUAUGACAUUGAGUACAAGAACAAAUCAGACUCCUGGGAUCACAUGUACACAACCAGAAACAUCUCUCCAACCAACAAUCAGGCCAACAUCGUGGAGCUUCACCCAGCCUGCGUCUACAGCAUCCGCAUGUACUCCUACAAUAAAAUUGGCCGCAGCCUCCCCAGCAAAGAGCUCACAAUCAGUACAGAGGAAGCACCACCUGACGGACCUCCAAUGGAAGUAAUCCUCCAGCCAAUGACGUCUCAGAGCAUCCGAGUUACAUGGAGGGCUCCUAAGAAGGAGCUGCAGAACGGGGUGAUCCGAGGCUAUCAGAUCGGCUACAGGGAGAACGGUCCGGGCAGCAACGGCCAGUACAGCAUCGUGGAGAUGAAAGCCACGGGGGACAGUGAAGUGUACACGCUGGACAACCUGAAGAAGUUCGCUCAGUACGGGGUCGUUGUCCAGGCCUUCAACAGGGCUGGGACCGGCCCAUCCAGCACCGAGAUCAACGCCACCACCCUGGAAGAUGUGCCGAGUGAGCCUCCACAGAACGUGCGAGCCAUCUCGGUGACGUCGGAUGAGGCGGUGAUCACGUGGGCGGAGCCUCCACGCAUGACGCUGCACGGUGUGCUGAAAGGCUACCGGGUGGUGUUUUGGUCCCUCUUCCCUGACGGAGAAUGGGGUGAGAUGCAGAACAUCACCACCACACGUGAGCAGGUGGAGCUGCGAGGCCUCGAGAAGUUCACCAACUACAGCGUCCAGGUCCUGGCCUACACUCAGGCUGGGGACGGGGUCCGCAGCAACGUUUUGUACAUCCAAACCCGCGAGGAUCUUCCUGGUCCGCCAGCUGGCAUCAAGGCUGUUCCUUCCUCUCCGAACAGCGUGGUUGUGUCCUGGUUACCUCCUCUCAAACCAAAUGGUGUUAUCCGCAAGUACACCAUCUACUGCUCCAGUCCGGGGUCUGGACAGCCGGCGCCCAGCGAGUACGAGGCCAACCCGGAGAUGCUCUUCUAUCGCAUCACGCACCUCACCCGUGGCAAACAGUACCACAUUUGGUCCGCGGCCGUGACGACCGCCGGCCGAGGCAACAUCAGCUCAAAGGUCACCGUGGAGCCUGCUGGGAAAGUGCCAGCUAAGAUCCUGUCGUUUGGGGGCACGGUUACCACCCCAUGGAUGAAGGAAGUGCGUCUGCCCUGCAGCUCGGUGGGGGAGCCCACCCCCACAAUUAAAUGGACCAAAGAAAGCGAGGACUCUGCCGUCCCCGUGACAGCCGACGUCCAGAGGCAGAUCUUAUCCAACGGCACGCUGGUGCUGCGCUCAGUCAAAGCAGAGGAUUCUGGGUACUACACCUGCACAGCGACGAACACGUUGGGCUUCGACACCAUCAUAGUCAACCUGGUGGUGCAGGUUCCUCCUGACCAGCCUCGUCUGACCGUUUCCACCACCUCCACCUCCUCCAUCACCCUGGCUUGGAUCCCUGGAGACAACGGAGGGAGCUCCAUCCGAGGAUUUGUGCUGCAGUAUUCUGUGGACAACACCGAGGAGUGGAGAGAUGUGUUCAUCAGCUCCAGUGAACGUUCCUUCAGGCUGGACAAUCUCCGCUGUGGAACAUGGUACAAAGUCAAGUUGGCCGCUAAGAACAGCGUGGGUUCAGGACGCAUCAGUGAGAUCAUCGAGGCAAAGACGCACGGGAGAGAACCAGUUUUCAACAAGGACCAGCCGCUGCUCACCCACAUCAACUCCACUCACGCAGGACUCAACCUACAGGGCUGGACCAGCGGCGGAUGCCCCAUCACUGACCUCAUGCUGGACUUCAGGCCCAAAGGCACCUGGGCCUGGCAGAGCCUCAAGGCCAACUCCACCAAUCAGCUGUUCCUCAGCGAGUUACGCGAGGCCACRUGGUACGAACUCAAAAUGAAGGCGUGCAACAGCGCCGGCUGUGGAAAUCAGACCUCCCAGUUUGCUACAACUGACUAUGACGGCAGUACAAUCCCUCCGAUUAAAUCAGCUCGUGGAGAGGGUGAUGAUGUGAAAAAACUGUUUUCUAUUGGCUCUCCAGUCAUCCUGGUCACUCUAGGCGUGGCUUUGCUUUUUAUUAUCCGCAAGAAACGCAAAGAGAAGAGGCUUAAACGACUCAGAGAUGCAAAAAGCCUGGCUGAGAUGCUGAUCAGCAAGAACAACCGCAGCAUAGACACACCUGUGAAGGGCCCUCCUCAAGGUCCGAGGCUCCACAUCGACAUCCCUCGUGUUCAGCUCCUCAUCGAGGACAAGGAAGGCAUCAAGCAGAUAGGAGAGGACAAAGCGGCGGUGCCAGUGACUGACACCGAAUUCAGCCAAUCAGUGAACCCACAGAACUUCUGCACAGGAGUGUCUCUGCAUCACCAAGCUCUCAUCCAGAAUUCAGGGCCUCUGAUCGACAUGUCCGACAUCCGCCCGGGUACAAACCCCGUGUCCAGGAAGAGCAUUAAAUCAGCUCACAGCUCCAGGAACAGAUACUCCAGCCAAUGGACGCUGAGCAGACCGUGUCAGAGCCAGUCCACGGCCUCGGCACGGACCCUGACCUCGGACUGGAGGACCAUGGGCUCUCAUGGCAUCACAGCAACGGAGAGUGACAGCUACAGCGCCAGCCUCUCCCAAGACACAGAUAAGGGCCGCAACAGCAUGGUGUCAACAGAGAGCGCCUCGUCCACUUACGAGGAGUUGGCCAGAGCUUACGAGCACGCCAAGCUGGAGGAGCACCUGCAGCACGCCAAGUUCACCAUCACCGAGUGCUUCAUCUCCGACAGCUCCUCRGACCAAAUGACCACAGGCACCAACGACCCGGCAGAAAGCAUGACCUCCCUCAGCACGCCGUCUGAACCGGGCAUCUGCCGCUUCACCGCAUCCCCACCCAAACCACAGGACUAUGACCGGGGUAAAAAUGUGGCUGUGCCCAUUCCCCACCGUGCUAACAAAAGUGAAUUCUGCAAUCUACCGCUCUACAUGAAGGCAGACCCAUUCUUCCGUAAGCAAGGGGACCUGCAUGACCCGUGCCCGGCUGUGCCACCGCGGGAAGCCUCGAUCCGCAGCCUGACGCAGCGGGCGUAUCACACCCAGGGCCGUCACAAGACUCUUGACCCUUCCAAGCAGCAGGCCCUGACGCUGGGCCACUCCGGGCUGGGCAGCCUGGGCGCGAGCUCAGGCACCGCCACCCUGCCGCAGAGGACUCUCACCAUGCCCAGCUCCAGCAACACGGCGACAGCUUCCACUUCCAGCACGAGCAGCAACCCCACCAACAGCAACAAGGUGGGGGGCUCCAGAGACUCGCUGCUAGAGAGCAGCUCCUCCGCUCUGGGGAGACUGCAGAAACAGAGCGUGGGGGCCUACUCCAAGUCGUACACGUUGGUGUAGCCCCCCCGUCCCCUGCACAGACUCGCUUCGCUGUCCCGCUCCUCAGCCAGCACCGCUCUCUGGUACUCAUAAGUCUGGGCCAGAAUGGGCAUCUUUCUUUAAACCAAACUUAUGGUGGACUGCCCAGCUUCCUGUUGUAUCCUCCACAGGAAGUGAGGGGUGUCCCCGCAUCCCAGACAGAGACCCAGCUAACCCUACUUUUCAUGUUCACAAGAACGAACUACUAACUUCAACUAACAGUUCCAGCCGGCUGGUGCUCAGCUCCACUCAAUUCCUGCAGGAGACACAGCAAAAAUAUAUAAAUAAAAAAAGAAUGUGAUUUCAGUGGUCAUUUAGAAAUACUGACUGUAACCGAAGAACUUAUAAAGCUCUGUGUUCAUGACAAUGAAGACUACAAGAGCCAGUAUGAAGCUGUGUGGCCAUCCCGUCUCAUAAACACGCACACACAUACACACACACACACACACACACACUUACAUUUACUGUCCUCCAUAGUUUUAUUUUUGUCACUUUGCAAGACUUCCAGUUAAGUUCCUUGUUUCUCUCGCCCUCUUUUGUGUCUCUCAAAGUCCCCAAAUUGUUAUUAGCAGACGUGAUUCCAAAAAGUUCAGGUUCACUUCCACAGACGUCGAAUUUCCACACAGAUUUCUCUCCACUCAUCUCUGCACAGCUAAACGCGCUGAACCAUCACAACCCCUACAACCCAGAUGUAACUUCUCACAUGGCAAAUAGAGAAUAUUUGGUAUUAUAAAGAAUUUUACAUAUAUAUUUCUAUGUAGGUAUAUUAACUGACAUUUAAGUGAAAAAGUAAAUAUGACAAAGUAUAAAUUGUAUGUACUACGACAAGCGUGGUAGUAUGUACAGCAAUUUAACGUUAUGGUCAAAUUUUAACAAUGAGACAAUCGCGCAAUCAUGAAAUUUUAAAAAGAAGAAGAGGAAUUUAGAAGUUGUUGGACUUGAGAAAGGAAAAUGUUUAAUAUAUAUGUGAGAUAUUCUGUAUAUUACUGUAAAAUGGCCAGCUUGUAGAGGAGAAGCUGGAUUAAAGGAUUACAUCAUCCCUGGGCUGUGACGCCUUCUUGGUGUGUUUGAUGGAAACAAUCAGGACCCUUCGGUGAAAGAAACAGUUCAGGGUUUUUUGAAAUGAGGUUCUGUGGGAAGAUUUUGAACAGUAAAUAUCUUACCUGUUGUUUACAGAAAUGGGAGUUUAAAUGGGACUGCGCUGAGRGGGAAUGAAACCAAUGUGGAUUGCUGAAAAAACUAGAAUCUUAAUUGUUUUAUGGCAUUUGUUGCUAUUUUAUGACGUCAGUUGUGUUGCAUUUAAUUUACCUCAGAAAUCAGAAUUGGAUCUGGGAAUGACGUCAGAUCUGACUUUACUGUGUUCCAGCUGUACCUUGGAAUAGCAAUGCAAGUGAAAAAUKGUGGAUUCAAACAUUGUAGCAACAUGUUUACUCAUAUAAGUUGGUCAGRGCUAUAGUUUAUCACUGCACCUAUCACAGCUUUUCAUGAGCAAGGCAGCCAUAUUAGUUUUAAGGUCAAGUGCUGGUCAGGAAGCUCCAAUUCCUUGAGUUGCAAUUCUGARGUUGCGGGGUCAUUUAAGUUGAUUUUUCUGACAUGGAACCUAAAACUUCCAAUGUCCAAGUACAUAUGUAGCACGGCAGGAAGGGCUCCAGGCUUCACCGGAAAUGCUACAGCUAGCUGAUGCAGGGUUUCCUCCUGAAAACUUGCUAAUGCCAACAGGAACACUUGUAAUCCCAUGGAGGGGUAGUGGCGCUAAUGCUGCAGUAGUGGACUGCUACAUUGCUAAUGCUAGGUGCUAGCCACUUUUCAUUUUGCACAAAUCUCUGGUGGUGCAAAAAAAAUACCUCUCCUGGUGCUGGCUCUAAAUAAACAGGCAACACUUAGCCUGGCAGAGAGGAAAGAAAGGACAGGUGGGCCGCCAGGGCUGUAAUACACCCUUCUGAUGCUAUCCGCUUUUCCAAAAAACUGUAACAUUACAUACAACUCUGCAAUGAAUUGAUUGUAAAAGUUUAUAAAACUGCAUUCAUACAAACUGCUAGAAGUUUUUAAUAUUACAUUAUUACAUUACUGUUUUAAGAUAGCAACAGCAACAACACACUUUGCUUCGUUUUCUAGUUUUUAGCCCAUAAUCUUGUCAGGAAUAAACUCGUUUUUUCCAACUGAGCUCAUUCUAAGAGCUAUCUACAACAGACAAUAUAUUUACUGUUCAUAACUUUUUCACUGAACCCCCACUCCAAAAGCUAUGAACUGUUGUUUUAGGCUCAGUUCAAACACAUUCAGGAGUCAAAUCAGCGUCUCGUUCAAUCUCUAAAUGUUUCCUGUGCUGCAAAGUGGUCCCAGACUUCAUUUCUGAAGGCCUCCUCUAGUUUGGAGGCUCACAGAUCCGGCUUUAGCCACUUGGCCAAACGUUGCUCCUCAAAGAAAAGGAGCGGAGCAAAUGCCAGUCACGAUGUGAAUGAAGUGAAAUKAUUUAAAGUCUACAGAUCUUAUAUGUCAGGGAGUUCAGUUUAGAAGUUUCUAUGACAUUCACAGAAUUGAUAUCMUUGAUGUUGUCCUGUCUGAAGUACUGUAAAAAAAUGUUCCUUUUUUUCUGUUGUACACAAGAACCUAUUGGAAUGCCUAUUUUUAAAGCAUUUCUAUUAUAGUGUUUUGUGUUUUUACAUUAUUUAUUCAUUUGUUUGGUUAGGGGAGGGGGAUCUGUUUUGAUUUGUAAUGUUCACAUGUUUGGACUUUGUCCAGAUUUUUGGUUUCAGGGGUCUAAAGAGUGCAAGUUUAUCUGACCUGUGUGGUUCAGCCAAGAAAAAUCAGGGACUCGCAGCUCUUUUGGGUCAUACAUACUGCUACUGUAUUGUGUAUAUAACUGGACUGGAGUCGGUCUGUAAAACAUGAAUCAUUUCGGCUUUUUGUCAUUUCCCUCCCCUCGCACUCAGAUAAACCGAAGUACAAAUUCACCACCCUAACCAUGCUCCAUCAUCUUCGUCAGUGUUUGUUUUCAAAAUUGAAUCUUGUACAGAAAACAGAUUUUGUAUGAAGAACUAUUUUCUUCAGAAUAAAUCAGGGGACACAUCAAGGUUUAAAUGCCCCACUUUCAAAUUUGAAAUGUUAUCAAAAAUAAAAUACUUUAUUUCUGAAAUGGGCAAAAAAAUAAAUAAAUAAAAAAGAUUUUUUUCUCUCUCUCUCUGUUUUUGAUACUAAUUUGUUGAUUUUUUUCUCUUUUUUUAAAAAAAGGUAUUUUUUGAUGUUGUCAUUUGUCCUCUAUACUUUUUUAUUACUAUUAUUUUGUAUUUUGUUCAUCCUCAGAAAAGUCAUUGCAUGCUUGCUAAAAGGGAAAAAUUGAUGAGGAGUGAAAAAAAAUGUAUGAAAAUCAAAACAUAAAAAAAAUGUUGAGGGUAUCCCGAACAUUUCUUUGAGUUGCUUGUUACGGCAAUUGCUUGUGUUCAAAGGUACAUUUUCUAUGAAAAGAAAGCAAAAACUAAAAAGAUCAUUCUAACACCUUGUGCAAUAAAGCUAUCUUUCAUAWGUCA